UUAAUGACCCUGAAAAUUCGCCACAAAACAUGCCAAUUUAUCACCACAAGAAAAUUGUUGUUCUGUUCCGUCAGUUGAUAGAAAUUAUAACAGAAACAAAGAAAGAGAAGCCUGCAAUUACUAUGAAAACAAUGACAAUGGUUCACAUGACAGGCAGUGGCUUCCUUUGCUCGGAACUCACGAGCAAUUCCCAUCCCCACAUUCUCAAUAAGAUAUGUAAAUCCACUGCCACCAUUGAAACUCUCAACUGUCAUUUUACACAUGCAUGAGCUAGCACCUUGUUGUGUCCCUCAAAUUAAAAGCCUGAAGUAGAACUGUAGCAUAAAGGGAAAAAGAAUUGACUCAGUAGACUAAACUUAACCAACUGAACUAACUCGAUCUAAGUUUCACACGCCAUAAUGUAAAUGAAUUGUAUGGUUGAGUGUUAUUUCUUCUUGUUUCAGUAACACCCACCUUUGAAAGGAAGAUUAGUGAGUGUUAAUUUUUGUUGUGGGCAUGAUUGGUGAUCUUUCUGAGCAUGCGCUGGGCAGGUGGGCCUGUUGUACAUCAAGCAGUCGGGAAGGAAAGGUACAUAUCAUUAUGCAUAAAGCAUCAAAUUAUGGAAAGCUAUACAGCACUCAGCAGACAGAUGGGUUGAUGGUCUCUUGUUUAUUGCAGCUUUUGUAACCAAGCAACCAAAAUUUCAUUGAUCAACAGGAAAAGAUUGUAAAUUCUUGAAAUUUCAGCAACAUAAAUCAAUCUCACCAAUAUGAAUGAGGUAAUAUUUUGGUGGCCACGCUUUUGCAUUUUCCAAAUCCUAAUGAAUGAUAAUGCAGCUUUGAAACCCAAUUAUGCUUAAAGAAACAGCCGAAAUCACUCUGUUCUGUCACAGUGACACAAGUGGCCAUAUCCUUGGUAUGUGUCAUUUGCUUAAUGCAAGUUUUCUCAUAGUUUUUCGUUGCCAAGCUUUUCUUCGGGGCCCGUUUCCUUUUUCCCUUGGCCUCUGACAAACCAAACCCAAUCUUUCAGUUUUUCAUGUCAGCUUAACUCUCUACACGUAUUGUGUUCAUAUAAAGGGAACGCAAAGCAGCAACUUGAGUAGGAACGAGAAGAGUUGGGUGGGAUGGGGAAGUACAAGUUUAGGCUGUCAGGUAUGAUACCAAAUGCCUGGUUUUAUAAGCUCAAAGACAUGGGCAGCAACAGAUCAAAGCAUAACUCCUCUCAAUCUCAAUCCAGCUCCAAGAAAAAUCUCAAGUCUAGGACCAUGUCGCAGCAGAAACCUCACGUCUUGCAGCCAUUUUACUUCACUGAGUUCAUCCCAAAACUUCGUGGAUUAGACAACUCACCUGUUAACCAGAACUUCUCAGGCACCCAUUUUCCUGAUCCAGCCAGAAAAUCAUCGAAGAGAAGAUCCAGGAGGAAAACCAUUUACAAGCCUUCCCCAAGGGUUGUCAACCCCGUCUCAGCUACCUGCAUUUGUCACAUCUCUCCCAAUUCAGUUGGAACUCUGCUUCGUUCUCCAGAUUCCUCAUUUUCUUCUAUAGAGUGCUCCCCUGGAACUGAGGCCUAUGAAUCCAGUCUCUCUGAAGCAGAAGGUGCCAACACAUUUUCUUCGGACUCCUUUGAUGAUGUAGCCUCAUGGUCCAGCUCCUGCAAAUGCACGGUCAGAUCUUCAAACAAUGAUAUCAUCAUAGACAUGAAUGAUGAAUUGGUUGGAAGAAAAACUGAAAAGCUACAUCUACAUGAGUCCAACUGGGUCAGAGAGAUGAAUCAGCUUCCUCCAAUAUUGAGGAAGCCAAUGUCAAUCAAACAAAAGGCUAGUAAGGCCGCCAACUUAAGAAGUUCAUCCAAGUGGAAAGAAAUACAAGAAAACCAAUCCCUCUAUGUCAAAACGGAGGAGGAAAACAUCAGAAAUGUGGAGAAACUAAAAACCAGUUUUGUUGCUCGAAAGUCAUCUGCAAGUUCGAUAAGUGUAAAACUGAGAGCCAAUUCGCCGAGGAUUGCUAGGAGAAGGAUUCAGGGACAUGCAAGAAGGAGUCUGUCAUCCAGAAGUGAACUGAAGAGCAAGAAUAGUUGCCUUUCGGAGAGCAUUGCAAUGGUCAAGACAUCACAUAACCCUCAAGAGGACUUCAGGGAAUCAAUGGUAGAGAUGAUUAUUGAGAAUAACAUCAGGAGUUCCAAGGAUUUAGAAGAUCUUCUUGCUUGCUACCUCAUUCUGAACUCUGACGAAUAUCAUAAUCUCAUCAUCAAGACUUUUGAGCAAAUUUGGGUUGAUAUGGCUGAACUUCAUAUCUGAAAGCAUCUCAGAUAAUGAAAUACUAGAAAUACGUAUAUUCUAUCUGCUAAAAUAAGACACAUGUAGGUUUGUUUUUCUCCCUUCCUCCACUUCUUAAGUGGCUUUUGCUAAUAAGUAAUAUCAAACUUCUAUCAAAGCAGGUUGUCAACCUCGAGCUGUAGCCAGUAUAUUAUGUUUGUGUUAUUACCAAAUCUAUGAGAUAUGUGGCCUUUUCUACA